AUGAGCUCGCAGGAGAGGCUCUGUGCGGCUCGCAGCUUCUUGCUGGCGUGCCUCGCAACAGGAGGAGGAUGCAUGAGAGACUUGGCUUUUGUUGACCGCGCACCCCCUGCAGUGGGCCGGGGCGUGCUCGCGCGUGCGGCGAAGUGCUGGCUGACAUGGGCAAUGUUUUCCGCGACUGGCGCAGCAGGCAAUGAACCUCAGGGUGCCAGAAAAGCAGGUGCCUUUUGCCAGUCCACCCCACCGGUGCUGAUGCAGCGGAGAGCUUCGCUGACUAACCGGACAGCAGGCAACAGCACGGCUUCAGAAGAAGUGGGUUGGACCAAUGCCACCAGAGCGGACCGAGCGCUGGUCCAGCUGCAGGAGGCAAUUCAGAGUGCGGUCAGAUGGAAUAGAUGGACACCCGGCCCCAUCGGCCGUGGCUGGGUGGCCAUGCUCUUCACUCGGAGCUCCUGGACGAAUUCUUCCCUAGUGGAUGAGGUACGGCGGAUCCACGCUUCAUCGUACUUCGUGUCGAGCCCAGCUGUGUUUCUGAUCUUGCUGGCCGCGCUUGGCAUCGUACUCUCAGCGUGCUUAGCCGUCUACUUCCGCUCCGAGCAGCGUUUCGGGCCUUCCCAGAAGCCCGAUCCGGCACCAAGCGAGGUCCUCCAGCGUGUGAAGUCCUCGCGGUCGGGUCCUCCGCCAUCUUUGCUGACAUCGCCCGUUGGCAGCCCUACGUACAGGAAAGCAUCUUCCAGCGACACGACAAUUCCCAGGACUCGUUGGCUCUGCCCGUCCUUGGUCGUCCCCAGCGGCAUGGAAUUGGUGUUUGCAGUCUCAGAGUUGGUCUCUGCUGAAAAGCAGCAGCUUGCGUUCCACAUCGUGGAUUUACAAGGUCAGCCUUUGAGCAGAGUCGUCGUUGACGAGUUCGGCUCUCGUUGCGGUAUUUUCCUCCAUUCUCUCGACGAGCGACCGCUUGCGUGGGUCCGCACUGCGCCGCUCUACGAGAAACGUGGAGGUCUUCCGCAGAUUUGCUGGCCUUCUGGUGAGGCAUAUGGAACGAUUUCCAAGGAAGACCCUGUGCCGAACAAGCGGUACGUGCUGAGAGAUGCUUCGGGGCAGCGGUUGUUCACCUUCAAUGGCAACUUCCAGGAGAAGGCCAUCAACGUGGUGAAUGCCAACGGCCGGCUUGUGUGUGACACGGAGCGCUGUGCUGCGCCGACGGGGAAUGCACCAUACUUCCAGGUAAGGGUGGCUCCCGGUGUCGACGCCGGACUUAUUCUUUGUGGAUUGCUGGCGAUCGACAAACUUCGCCGGACAUGA